GCUGCCUAUCAGUGCCAGACAAUUCCCUAUCAGUGCUGCCUAUCAGUGCCAGACAAUUCCGCCUAUCACUGCCUUUCAGUGCCACCUAUCAGUGCCAGUCAGUGUCGCCUAUCAGUGCCAGACAAUUCCGCCUAUCAGUGCUGCCGCAGUGCGCAUCAGUGCCGCCUAACAGUGUCGCCUAUCAGUGCCGCCUAUCAGUGCCAGUCAGUGCCGCCUAUCAGUGCCAUAUAUGAGUGCUGCCUUUCAGUGCCCAUCAGUGAUGCCUGUCAAUGCCUAUCAGUGCCACCUACCAGUGCCCAUCACUGCAGCCUCAUU